GCGAACCACACACGAUACCAACGCGAACACCCGCCGACGACCGCGUCUCCGUCUCCGCACGCUCCUCCGCAACACCUCCGCCAGCGACGCCAACUCAACCACCACCGCUCGGCAUCCGCCAUGUCCGAAGCCUACGAGCGCGAAAGGCAGAACAAUGACUCCCUAAACUCCCUCUCCGCCAAAGUCUCCGCCUUGCGCUCCGUCACCAUCGACAUCUACGACAAUGCCCGCGACCAGCAUGUCAUCGACAGCACGUCCGAAACCUUUUCCACCAUGGCAGGGUCCCUCAAAGGGUCUAGUAAACGCCUCAUCACAAUGGCGCAGUCGGGGAAUAAGGUUGCAGUGCUGAAGCUGGCUGGCAUACUCAUAGCCGCGGUGGUGCUACUGUAUUGGAUAUACCAUCUCAUCUUUUGAGAGAGCAGUGCAGUGUUGUCACUUCAGGAAGUUUGCGACUUUAGCGAA